AUGGCGCCUCCCAAGAAAUCAAAGAAAAGCAAGAAAGAUAGGAAAUUGAAGAAAAACUUAAGCUUGGUUCCAGUCGAGCCUAAAGCCGCAGACUCUGACUGGUGGGAUAGUUUCUUCAACCCAAGGGUACUUUUGUUUGUGGCAAGGCCAAGGACUUUUGUUCAAGGAAACCUUCCGAAUUCCAUGGUUUACAGAAAUGUUGAGCAGUACCCCAAUGCAAAGCAAUGUUCCUGGAAUUCUCAAAUUCUCAUACUUGAGAUUGAUGCUCCCAUUUACUUUGCAAAUACCAACUACUUAAGAGAAAGGCACACAGGUUGGAGAGGACUUGAUGAAGGCAUCAUUGUAGUUGGCACUUGCAUGAUUUAA